ACGUUCGUACUGGCGCCCGCGUGUGACGUCGAGAUCCUGGAUUGCGUCGCAGAAGCCUGGCAUUGCGCAAUUCGGCGCAACUCAUGCCUUCGGGGAGCCGGCGCUAGUUGCGCCGUCCCACUCUGUUGCUAGGGUGUUCCGUGCACGCUUGCGUUGCCAUCGGUGUUUGACGGUAGCUAUAGCUGCAGCUGAAGCGACGAAACCGCUGUAUCAACGGAGACCCGGUGUAGUGGCGGUGCUAUACCUAUUCUGCUCACAUUGACAUGGCUCAAGUCAUGAACUACGGUGCUCUUAGAGCUGUCGACGACAGCCCACCGUAUGGGGAUGUCGUGACGAAAUCGGCUCCGAAGAAAAGCGCUGCAGAUGUGUCGCGGUUUACGGGGACCGUCAAAGUGAAGAUAUGCGAAGCGACGGAGUUCGAUGCGAUUGAUCUACAAGCGGAGGACGUUAUCUUCUCGAGAGACCAAGAGGAAAACCCGUUCUACGUCACCCUCAGCGUCGAUGGCAUGUUCAUCAGCCGUUCGAACACCAAGCGAAAGACAACGAAUAUAGUUUGGAACGAGUGUUUCACAGCGGACGUGCACGGUGCGCGGAAUGUAGGUUUCACCGUCUUUCACGUGGCGACGCCCUCUUCUGACGACUUGCCGGUCGCCAAGGGCAGCGUUACCUUCGACGAGCUGGUCGAAUCGAUAAAGUAUAAGCGAUCGGGUGGCUACGAGAGCGACGUUUGGAUUGACCUCAAGCCCGUUGGCAAAUUACAUGUUGUCAUCAACCUCGUACCGGAAGAGCAUUUGAUGGAGGAGGGCCAUCAUGAGUCGAAAGAACGGCACGCCCUUAUUCAACAGCAGAGCUCUACACGACAAAAGGUUCAUGAGAUAAAUGGGCAUAAGUUUGUGGCCACACUUCUGCGGCAGCCCAGCUUCUGCUCCCGUUGCCAUGGUUUCAUCUGGGGCAUUGGAAAGCAAGGCUACCAGUGCCAAGCCUGCACAUGUGUAGUUCACAAGAGAUGCCACAUGCUAGUGAUCACCAGAUGCGCAAGUGAAACCAUCGAUGACGAGCUGGAUACUGGAAGUCAGCUCAUCGUAAACAACCCGCACCAGUUUUCUGUGCAAAGCUUCAGACAGCCAACCUUCUGCGACCAUUGUGGGACAUUGCUGACUGGCCUGACUGAGCAAGGAGUUCGCUGCAAAGCUUGCCGUAUGAAUGUGCACAAGCGAUGCCAGAGGAACGUCGCCAACAACUGUGGCAUCAACGCAGCGGUCUUUAAUGACAAAGGAUCCUCUCAGAGAACGCGCAGCAAACGAGAUGAAAAGAAGAUUUUGUAGGUUGGAACAGCACUGAGCAAUACAAUCAACUAGUGCCACCUCAUCGUCGUGUGCGGGAUCGGUUCAACGGGUGCAGCAGUGCGUCAGUAUUGUCCACUUCACACGUUGACAGGAUCGUGACAUCUGGUUUUAAUGCGAUAGCAAUUAUAUGGACACCCAGAGUGCAUUUCUGCCGUCGCCGUGAGGUUCCGUAUAAAGUCCAAAGGCAAUUAAAUCGUUGCCGCGAGUCGUAUGCUGUAUGUGCGAGUGAAAGCGCACAAGGGCGAGCCGGCGAUCGCGACUCAAUCUCGCGCACGCAAGAGAGGGAAAGCGAGGAAAGAAACUUCCAGUCGGGCGCAAUGGUCCGGAGAGAGGGUAGGGUGGGGAGGGAUCGUGCUUCGAUCGAUUACGAUCGAAGCACAAUCGCAAUCGAUCGUGCUUCGCCUUUUGGGCGAAACUGCGCUUUUUUUACAUCCACAGAGUUCUGAACACUUGGUGCUUCGGUAUAUUGAAGACUUGUUACUUUCACUAGAUUUUGUAAGAAUAUUGAGGGACUAAAUAAAAGGCCUGCUCAAAA